GCUCGGCAGGCGCGGAGCGGAGCGCGAAGCAGAGGCGCCGCCGCUGUCCCGGAGUAAGCCAUGCCGCGCUUGUCUCUGCUCUUGCCGCUGCUGCUUCUGCUGCUGCUGCCGCUGCUGCCACCGCUGUCCCCGAGCCUCGGGAUCCGCGACGUGGGCGGCCGGCGCCCGGAGUGUGGUCCGUGCCGGCUAGAGGGCUGCCCGGCGCCUGCGCCCUGCCCGGCGCCCGGGAUCUCGGCGCUCGACGAGUGCGGCUGCUGCGCUCGCUGCCUGGGAGCCGAGGGCGCGAGCUGCGGGGGCCGCGCCGGCGCGCGCUGUGGCCCCGGCCUGGUGUGCGCGAGCCGGGCCGCGGGGGCGGCGCCCGAGGGCACCGGGCUCUGCGUGUGCGCGCAGCGCGGUACCGUCUGCGGCUCCGACGGUCGCUCGUACCCCAGCGUCUGCGCGCUGCGCCUGCGCGCCCGGCACACGCCCCGCGCGCACCCGGGUCACCUGCACAAGGCGCGCGACGGCCCUUGCGAGUUCGCUCCUGUGGUCGUCGUUCCUCCCCAAAGUGUUCACAACGUCACCGGGGCGCAGGUGGGCCUGUCCUGUGAAGUGAGGGCUGUGCCUACCCCAGUCAUCACGUGGAGAAAGGUCACGAAGUCCCCUGAGGGCACCCAAGCACUGGAGGAGCUGCCUGGGGACCAUGUCAAUAUAGCUGUCCAAGUGCGAGGGGGCCCUUCUGACCAUGAGGCCACGGCCUGGAUUUUGAUCAACCCCCUGCGAAAGGAGGAUGAGGGUGUGUACCAGUGCCAUGCAGCCAACAUGGUGGGAGAGGCUGAGUCCCACAGCACAGUGACGGUUCUAGAUCUGAGUAAAUACAGGAGCUUCCGCUUCCCAGCUCCCGAUGACCGCAUGUGAUGGAGAAAUGGUCUUAGAAACAUUGAUCACAGGAUGAUGGAAAAGUCAAAUAGCGGAUCUUUGUGCUUCAUGAAGAGUUGGAAAACCUGUGUGUGUAGAUGACCCCUUUUGUGUGUUUUUAAAAAUUAGAUGCAAACUAGAUUUGUAAGCAGAUGGAGUUUUUAGCAGGGCAAACAGUGAGAAACGGAUUUGCAUGUGGCUUCUUUAUACUUUUGAAAUGAGUUGCUCCGUGAGAAGUCUUUUUGUAAUUACUCUCUUCCAGGGAUAUCACAGAAUGGCAUGUUUGCAAUUUCUAAAGGGCUCGUGUCAGCUGUGACUCUUUACCUCAUUUGUCUAUGACCUAUUAGUGGUGCUCUGUGACUUAGUGUGUGUUGUAGAAGGAGGGAUGAGGGUCCCAGCUGUCCUCUGCCUGACUGUAACUUGCUGUGUGACCUGAACAGGUCCCUUCCCCUCUCUGGGCCCUGGUCCCUUCAUCUGUGAGUAUGGCAUUUUAACUGGAUGUUAUCAAUAUCCCUUUUAGCCCUGCCAUCCUAGAGUAAGAUGACCUUUUGGGAAAAUUACAGGAGGUGUGGUCUUAGUGUUCUUUCUAAAAUGGUAUUCCCUCAGAAACAAAUUCCAUUCCUUUACCCCAGGGUGUGGACAGCUGGCUGUAGCUCUUCUAUUCCUACCUUUUUCCCUUUUAAGGAGAUUUAGUUUUAGUUGGGAUGCUUUACCAGACUCAGGAGCGCCUUGGCUGGGUCUUUGGAGACCAGAGCAUCCAUUUGUUAGCCUAGCAUUCUCUUUUUUAAAAUUUUAUUUUGAGACAGGGUCUUGCUCUAUCACCCAGGCUGGAGUGCAGUGGCGUGAUCAUGGCUCACUGCAACCUCCACUUUCUGGGCUCAAGUGAUCCUUCCACCUCAGCCUCCCGAGUAGCUGGGACCACAGGCAUGCCCCACCACACCCAGCUAUUUUUUUUUUUUUUUUUUUGUAGAGACAGGGUCUCCAUAUGUUGCCCAGGCUGGUCUCAAACUCCUGUGCUCAAGUGAUCCUCCUGCCUUGGCCUCCCAAAGUGCUGGGAUUACAGGCAUCAGCCACUGUGCCCGGCCUAGCCUAGCAUUCUCUAAACAGGUGGUUAGAAGCAGUGGAGACCAGGCAUCUCAUGAUCAAAUUGUAAAAAAAAAGAGGUCAGGUGUUAUCUCCAGACUGUGGAAUUAGAUUGUAGUAGAAUAUAUUUUACCUACAAACAUUUUGACCUCACCCAAGAGUAAGGCUCUCUUUUUUUUCUUUUUUAAUGAAAAAAGAAAGGAGAAUAUUUGCUAUCUUAUCUUAAAAAAAUAGAUCCUUAGGUGAUUACAAUUUUAGAAUAAGAAUUGAAAUCCCUUACUAUGCACAGUCCUUUAAGUUCAUAAAGCUUGAUCCCAACUCUGGGAGAUGGGGCAGGACAGGUGUUAAUGUCCCUGCAUUUUGCAGAUGAAGAAACCAGGCUCUGAGAGAAGCUACUUGCCCAAGGUCUGAAGGCCUCUGAAAGAGGAGCAGAACUCGGGGCACCUGGCCCUCCUUGGUCCCCUCUCUACUGCACAGUGCUGCUACUCAGGGUCAUCUCAAAACUAUGUAAAGGCAGAUGUUGCCAAUCCACAGGCUUCAGGGACUCUUACCAAGACUCAUCCCAACUUUUAAGGCACACUUUCAUACCACUCACAUUGUGCAUUACAUUUUGGAGUCCUUGUUGGAAGUGAACUUUCCGCCUGUAAGCCUGCCAUUUCAUAUCUAAAAUAUUGGGAUGGCAUCACCUUUUGUACUAUGCAGCAGAAGACUGGCCUGGGAUUCUGGAAACAUGAGAUCCGUUUGCAUAUUAAUCCCCCACUCGCUGUGUGACCCCGAGCAAGUCUCCUUCACUUUCUGUGCCUCAGUGUCCUUAUUUGAGUAAAAAGGGAAUAAAACCAGAUGAGUGGUUUUCAAACUUUAAAA